GGAGCGGCCAUUUUCUAUUGUGCCCUUGCUCGGGUCCAGCCACAACUACAACGCCACACUUCCAACAUCGAAGGAUGCACUGCAACGCUGCUGCCUGAUUGGGCAAUCUUACAUCUACAAGUCCUCACUUUUGUCUUUCCGACCUUCAGGUCACAUACUAUCCUGAAUACUCCCAAGUAGCACGAAGCCAAUCGAAGCAAGGCUACUGACUACAAUGUCAAGAACCAAGGAUAUUGACGAAAGCUUCUCAAAUCUGGCUCUGGACCCCCAAGCACCCCCUCUUCCCCUCCUCACCAAGACCAAAAAGUCCUCUCUCCGCAACCUCUUCACCCGCAAACCCUCUUCACCUCUUCAAACCACACCCUUCCCCUACGCCCCCCUCAAAGAAGAUGAAAUCCGCCUCGUCAACCUCCACGCAGGACCCCCCUCAACCCCAAUAACCCUCACAACUGAAACCACUCCCCUCUCAUCCACAGAAUACACAGCACUCUCCUACGUCUGGGGUGAUCCCUCCGAUACCAUCCCCCUCCACGUCGACAACCACCUCUUCCACGCCACGAAGAACCUCCACUCCGCGCUCCAGCACAUCCGCCUCUUCCUGAUGCCAUCACAGCUUGUCCCGCUAUGGAUCGACGCAAUCUCGAUAAACCAGGCAGAUAUAUCAGAACGAAGCCACCAGGUCUCACACAUGCGGGAGAUUUACACUUUAGCAGACCUAGUCUUAACAUGGCUCGGACCAGAAUUCGGGCCGGGGCUAACGUACCUCCGCGAACUCGGCGAGCAUGCCCUCGCCGUCUCUCAAAAGAGCAAAGAACCCCCGAAGCUUCUACCCAGCCACGUGAAAGACCGAUAUACUACCAUCCGGGAAACCGUCAGAGUCUUUCAAUCUACGUACUGGAACCGCGUUUGGACGGUACAGGAGUACACUGCCCCAACCGACCUCGGGGUCUUCCUCUCCGGUACGGCGUGGUUAGAUCGUACUGCCUUUUUACCCGUCACGAUACUCUAUACACAAGCACUACACUGGCUUCGAGAUGGCCUUCGGGAGCGGAGGGCAGAUGCCUCGUUUGUGGACGCGACGCUCUCGCGGGUGAAGAAGGUUGCUCAUGAUCUCAAGAUGAGCUAUGCGCGGAUGGCAGCUUCCAACGAAAUCGAUACAGCACCGGAUGGGAUGAACGCCUCUUCUAAAGUCGAACAGGUCCAUCAGAUUGAAUCAAAGAAUGGGAGGAGCUCAAUAGUCCAGCAGUUCAAUCUCAUCAGCCCCCUCUUACGAUUCCGCGAUCUCCAAGCAACAGACCCCCGAGACCGCAUCUAUGCGCCUUUGAACCUGCUCGAUCACGGGCCGCGAGAAAAACUCUGCAUCCAUGUCGACUACUCCCUCACCGUUCAGCAACUCUACGCCUCCGUUGCCAAAUGUCUGUUAGGAGACAGAGACUACUGGCCUCUGAGCGUCCUCGAGAUCUGCCGCUACGGGUGAUCGGAUUCACCCUCCUGGGUGCCUGAUUGGCGAGUCCUUCCGAGAAAGGUACUUUCGAGGGACGUCACUACAGGAGAGCAG